AUGGAUGGUCAGUCAAAUCACCUCAACCUCUUCAACUCGAGGCCACAGCCGAAAAAGAAGAGAAAAUCCAGAACGGCUUUCACGAACCACCAGAUCUUUGAGCUGGAGAAAAGAUUUCUUUACCAGAAGUACUUGUCGCCGGCGGACAGGGACGAAAUAGCCAGCUCUUUGGGCUUAUCCAAUGCUCAAGUAAUCACAUGGUUCCAAAACAGACGAGCAAAACUAAAGCGAGAUAUGGAGGAGUUGAAGAAAGAUGUGGAAAGUGCAAAGGUCCUAUCGGCUCAUAAGAGCUUCUUAGAAAACGUGACAGAUUUGGGUAUUCUAAAGAAGAAAGCCAUGAGCAUAGGAGCGAGUGAGGAGGCGGCGACGAACCUUGUGGUGAACGCUUCGAAAUGA